CCUCCUGGUCCAGGCCAGAUCAGGUUCACUCUUUAACAUCCUCCAACCUCGUGAUCCUCUUUUUCCCUCUCCCUGCCCAUCGCUUCUCCGACUGCCGACCCUCACUCACCCUCACCUCGACUCGGCCCCAAUCGAGAGACCAAGUAACAGAUACAUUUCUUGGAAUACAGAAACGUAUCUCACUUUCACUCCUUACCCAACAACACCCACACCACCAACCAAACCAUUCACUCUCAUUCCCUUGCGGAAAAGCUGUCACUAUGGCGCAGCCUCAGACUAUCUUCCCCCAGACCCAUGUCGGUUUCGACAGCAUCACCUCCCAGAUUGAGAAGAAGCUCCUGAAGAGAGGCUUCCAGUUCAACGUCAUUUGUGUCGGCCAGACAGGUUUGGGCAAGUCUACCUUGAUCAACACCAUUUUCGCCUCUCACCUCAUCGACUCCAAGGGUCGCAUGCUCCCUGACGAGGCCGUCCGUUCGACCACCGAGAUACAGGCCGUCUCCCACAUGAUUGAGGAGAACGGCGUCCGUCUGCGCCUCAACAUUGUCGACACUCCAGGGUACGGGGACCUGGUGAACAACGACCGUUGCUGGGAUCCCAUCGUCAAGUACAUCAAGGACCAACACUCCGCUUACUUGCGAAAGGAGCUCACUGCUCAACGAGAGCGUUACAUUCAAGACACCCGCAUCCACUGCUGCCUCUUUUUCAUCCAGCCCUCAGGCCACUCCCUGAAGCCCAUCGAUAUUGUCGUGCUGAAGAAGCUGUCUGACGUUGUCAACGUUGUUCCCGUCAUUGCCAAGUCCGACACCUUGACCCUCGAGGAGCGUCUGGAGUUCAAGGAGCGUAUCAAGGAGGAAUUUGCCUUCCACAACCUCAAGAUGUACCCCUACGACAACGACGAAUUUGACGACGAGGAGCGCAACCUGAACACCCAGAUCAAGGACUUGGUUCCCUUCGCCGUCGUUGGCUCCGAGAAGUCCAUCAUCGUCAACGGCAAGCAGGUUCGCGGUCGCCAGAACCGCUGGGGUGUCAUCAACGUCGAGGACGAGAACCACUGCGAAUUCAUCUACCUGAGAAACUUCCUCCUCCGCACCCACCUUCAGGAUCUCAUUGAGACGACGUCGCAGAUUCACUACGAGACGUUCCGUGCCAAGCAGCUCUUGGCGCUCAAGGAGAGCAGCGCACACGGUGGGGGUAGCAGACCCAUCAGCCCUGCUGCUGACCGCGAGCUCAGCCGGAACUCGCAACGAAUGACCAUGAACGGAUACUAGUUGCCGGAUGGUCCCACCCAACGCACUCGAGGAGCCGGUCGGCAAUGAUAUUCUCGGGCAGCCGGGUGUCUGAUGACUUUUAAUAUCAUGGUGUUACGCUCAGACCCAAAACAACACGGCACGGCACGUCACGGCCUCAACAGCGAGCGGAGGCUGCAUCGAUCGAUACUCCCGAGUGGGACGCAGCUGAUUUUGCCCAUGGAAAGACCUGAGGGAACUUCGUUCGCAUGGGAAGAUCGAAAAUGCUGGCAUGGUGCACGGAUACUGGUCAUACCACCCCCACCCUUCUGGCCUUAUGGUUGUCGUUUAAGUACUUGCACUGGCGAAAUAGUCCAUUAUUCCCCCUUUCCGUCUCAUAGCUGGAAGCACUUUUACUGUUUUCUUUUUUCGCUUUCUGAAGCAGCAUUUCGAGCUCGGCUUUUCACUUGUUUCCCCCCAUUUCUUCUUACUCUUUAAUCCAUUCGUACUCUGAUAGGGAGUUCGUUUCGAUACCUCGUGGAAUACAAUUGACAU